AUGUCGUCUGGCCGUCCUUCGUACAAAACCCGUUCUGGGGCGGUCAGCACACGUCCUGGCUGGUAUAUAGACUCUGCAGAUUCUCCUGACAGAGAUCCCUGGGCAUGGGCCCAUGAGCAUCUUGCAUGUUGGGAACCUCGGAGCUCAACCAGAGCAGAAUCUGCCCCGGCUGGGUCAGCUCCAAAUAUCCCAGGCAGGGUCCAUCAGCGGAUUGUCGGUCUUGAUGCCACAAGUGCUGCAGAGAGAGCUCAACAACGACCUCUCGAUUCUUAUGCCAGUAGCUUACCAGAGAGGAUCUCCGAGCGGCCUCUCAAUCCUUAUGCCACUCCAUGGCAACCUCCCAAUCCUUACGCCACUCCAUGGCAAUCUCUACCAGAUAGGUCGCCAACAAACGCACAAGAUGGCCGGGAACGAAUAGCGACAUCAGGUUUUGGUUCGCCCAUAGAACUUCUAGAUCAUCGUGAGAGACAGCUGCAACGCUCCUUCAGUAGUGGUACGCCAUCAAGAAACCAUUCUGAUAUACCAGAUUCAAGUCCCGGCCCCGCUAGCCCGCUUCCGAAAGUAUUGAAUGCUGUUCAGGUUCGGUCUCUUGGACCUCAGCCCACAAGGCAGCGAGAUCAACCACGUCCAGCGCCGAUUGAUGGGCAUUCCGACUCUAGGAACGAGGCCAAAGCAGAUUCUGGUUCCGCUAGAGCACCACCACCGGGCUUUCCAGAAAGAGUCUCACAUAAGUCUUUCGCAUCUCUCCGAUCGACCGCGGCAGCCUCACCUCCUACGAGGCGACAGCCACAGCUUUCUGUUGGGCCAAUCCCGUCGCUCAUGACUGUUUCUGCUUCAGUCACAGGUCCGGGCAUGUCGAAGGGAGUCUCACAGCAGUCUAUAAAUCCUCGUCCAUCAGUCAAGGCGGGUUCUGGUCUGGCCGGGGCAGGGACAGACUUCUCGGAGAAAAUGUUACAGCGGUCUAUAGAAAGUCUGCCGCUGGCCAGCACAGGCUCUCUCCGACCCAGAGAACCUCCGGGGUUUCCCGAGAGAGAUCCACGCCGGUUUUUCCCACCAUACACCUCGCCCAUGGAAGGUUCAGCUUCGGCUAGAUCACAUUCUCAUAUACCAGAGCCAACGCAACCAUGGUGUCUCAGACCUCUCCCAACGGCGACCAGAAUACAACCAUGUCUGGUCCCAAUAACCAUUCACCCCGAUGCUUCAAACAUCGCCGCAGUCCGCCGCCUUAUCAACCAGUAUACUCACAGAAUCAAAGGUUCGGAAGAGGGAAAACUUCGCAACCAGAGGGCAAUACAAAAGCUCAUGGCGGCAAUCGAUAAUACAGAAAUCCUUUGCAACACCAGACUUAGAGGAAGGGAGGAGCUUCCAGCUCUACUACAGGAGCCAAGCCAGGUUGAAGAACGUAGGUUGCUGGCCAGACAGGCGUUACUCCAGCGGGAACGCGAGGACAUGAUAUUCGAACAGCGAAUCUCCAGCUUGGAAGCCAGAAGGGGAAGACUCCUGGACGUCCUGUCUUUAAGGUCAUGUGCUUCCGAGUUUCGAACCAGAAUGAAGUUGACGCUAGAGUAUUUAUUGUCAAUUCCCGACACAUUUGACCCGAAUGUGCCCGAUGUGGACUGGGAUAACUACGACCGUUUCGAGGGAUGA